CCGGCCAUUUCUUUGCCCUUUUAGGUGGGUCCCAUUGGCCUCAAACUGUUUCUGGCACUGAGAUUCAGCCGGCAGCGGAGCCCGUGUUCCUCUGUGCAUCAGUCUCCUGCCUUCGGAAAGCCCUUUGCAUGCUCCAGACGGUUUGGGUGUCUUCACCAGGGAGCUGGGCUUCGAAGAAGCCUGCUUGCCGCCGUCAUGGCAAGCAAACAAGAUGGAAACGUGGAUUUGUCAGAGCUAUAAUCCAGCAUCCAUGUACAAGGCAUGUUCCCAAAGGCCCAGGGAAAGCAAGAAUGUUGAAGAAAAUCCAGAUAUGCCUCUGCUUCUUCUUCAUCUCGGGCAUUUUGUACGAGAUCUCCCUGCUGUCCAGCUGCUUCUUCUCCUACAUGCCUAUGUCCAAGCACUUCCUGACACCCGAGCAGGUCUUGAACCUCGGCAAAAGCAUCAUCUUCCUGGAGACAACGGAGCGGCUGGAGCCACCUCCGCUGGUGUCCUGCUCGGUGGAGUCUGCUGCCAGGAUCUACCAGGACCGGCCCAUCAUCCUCUUCAUGAAGGGACUUACGAACGACACGGCCUUUGACUUGAACUCCAGCUACGCAGCCUUCUCGCUUUUGUCUUCUAUGAAGAAUGUCUUCAUUUUUCCUCUCCAGAUGGAAACCAUCUUCCAGGAGACCCCUCUGCUGCAAUGGUACAAUGAGGUAGUCCCGGAGCAGGAGAAGAACUGGGUCCACAUCAGCUCGGACGCCAGCAGACUGGCACUCAUUUGGAAGUACGGGGGCAUCUACAUGGACACAGAUGUCAUCUCCAUCAGGCCCAUCCCCGAGGAAAGCUUCCUAGCGGCGCAGAAAUCACGCUUUUCCAGCAACGGGAUCUUCGGCUUCCCUGCCCACCACAAAUUCAUCUGGGACUGCAUGGAGAACUUUGUUCUCAAGUACAACGGCAACAUCUGGGGGAACCAGGGGCCCUUUUUAAUGACGAGGAUGCUCAAAGCCAUCUGCAAUCUGACGGAUUUCAAAGGCACCGAGGACCACAGCUGCCGGAACAUCUCCUUCCUCAAUCCCCAGCGUUUCUACCCCAUCCCGUACCCAGCCUGGGGCCGGUACUACGAGGUGUGGGACAAAAGCCCCAAUUUCAACCACUCCUACGCGCUCCACUUGUGGAACUUCAUGAACCGCAACCGGAGAGCCGUGGUGGCGGGCAGCAACACGCUGGUUGAAAAGCUGUACAAAGCCUAUUGCCCCACCACAUACGAGGACCUGAUCCAAAACGCGGAGCUGAGGGACUUCACACAGUCUGAGGACGUUGUGUGAUGUGGCAUAAGGAGGAGGGGGGUGACCCUUCCAGUCCUCUCCAUCCUGGGGCCAAAAUACAGUCACCACCCAUGCCAGUAGCUGGUUUUGCAGGAGAAAGACAGAUCUUUUCAUAACCACCAUCCCUCCUCCCUUGGGACGCUAAGGAGCACGUGCAGAAUGGUGGUGGGUAUCCAUCCGACAUAGCCUCCAGUGACACUAAGGCCACUUCUGCCUCAGUUCUGCUUCUUUAUAGGUGCUCAUGGACCAAACCUUCCUGAAUCAAACGGACUCACAGACCUUACCAGCGAGCUUUUCCAAGGAAAAAGUUCCUAAAGAGAUCCGUGGCCUCCUGGGAGGGAUUUAGUCUCUGCACCUCUUGGUGCUGUUGGCAGCUGCACAUGUCAGAAAAGUCACAAACACAAUGGGUUUUGGACUGGGGUGAAGCCUCUGAGGCAAGUGUAGUGCACAUGUAUAGCAGAGGAUGGCUGACAGGAGUUGCUAACAAAGAGAAGCCCAAACCACUGUCUUUUCAUUAAUCUGUGUUUUUCUCACACAACCUUUACACCCUACGUUUUUGAGAGGGACUGUAGCAGUUCAAGUGAAAAUAAAAUGGUUAA